GCGUUGAAGGAGGAAAGGAAAGAAGUCUAUAUAAAGGCAUGCUCUCUGAAUCAUAGCAACAUAAACCUUUCUCAUUUUCCAAAAAACUUACAUAGCCAGGCUUGAGUUCCUGAGAUAAUCGGCAUGUCUCGAAGAUUAAGGCGUCCCGCCAACACCCUGACUAAGGAUCAGUUGAGCGAAAUUUUCAAGAAACAUAGCGCUGACCAAUCAAAUGUGAAGCUGGGGAGGGAAGAGCUGAAGGCGGCUUUUGAGCAGCUUGGCGCUCAGUUGCCUACUUACCAAGCUGCUUGUGCCCUCAAAUACCUUAACAGCGACAAUGAUCAAUACAUCACAGAGGAUGGGCUCGGUGCUCUCGUGGAUUAUGCUUAUGCCUAUGGUUUCCGCGGAUAACAAAACAUCUGCAUCCCCACCUGCAUCGAUGAUCUCUGCGUGAAUCUAUUACUUUAAUUAUUAUUCCUAGUAUACUAUAUGUUUUUAAUAUGAAUAAAUUACAUGUUCUAUGUGUGUCUCGUCCUGAUGUGAGAACACACAUAUGCACUAGUCAUGUUUACUUGAAUUGGAUGUUUUAUUAUGUUUUUUAAAUGUAUUAGCAGAGACCAGUUAUAAUAAUUUUAUAGUAUACAAAUACAAGUUUAUGUUUAUA